AUGUAGAAGAGCACCAUUUUUCCAAAUGGACUUUCUUUUCUCUGACCCCUACUUCAUUUCCAAGCAAAUACAUUGACACCCUUCUCGUUCUUUCCAAGAAAAUUCUUAGAAACAUCUCAAAGUCAAGUCAACGACAAAAGAAAAACCAGCGUGUAAUGAUAAAUGGAAUCUUGGUCACAACUCAGCUCACAAGUGAAUAUUACUUAAUCCUGACAUUGUCCUCACUACUACGAGUAACGAGUACGAGCCUAUCCCCAUAUUGUCUCUCUUUCGAUACGGGUAUCGUCUUCUUAUUCAGAUUAAUUUGAUCUGGGAUUUUCUUCUUCACCAUUUCUUGGGUUCUGAAACACUUCCAAUUCAUCUUCAAUACUACUUUUUGCUGUCCAUGGUGGAUAACAUGGCAUCGUCAAUUGAAGGAGCAGCUCUAGGACCGCCAUUCCAAUUGUUGUUUGAUAUUGUGGUCAAACUCCCAUUACAGAAGAUCGCAUCAUUUCAUGGUGAGCUCAAAAGCAUCAAGUCAACGGUAGAACAAUUGGAACCCGUCAUAAAGAAGCUAACAGAAACAAACAAGGCUUUAGAUCUGCCAGAAGCAGAGAUAAAAGGCUUUGAAAAUAUAUUACAGAAGGGAAAGAAGCUAAUUGAUAAGUGCACCAAGUAUAGUAAGUGGAAAUACACAUACAGAAGGCUUAUUUACACCACCAAGCUUCAGAAUUUGGAUAAAGAACUCAAACGUUUCCUGCAAAUGCAAAAUCCUCAGAUUUUAAUGAUUGGGCAUGAAACUCUGCGUUUGACUCAGGAAAUUCAUGGCGUUGUUGUUACCAGAGGAACCCAAUACACAAAUGAUAAGGUUUCUAAUCAAAAUGAGCUAGAGGGUUGCUGCUAUGCUCCUCAACCACCAGCCUUUACAGUACUGAAUAAGCCUCUUCAGGAGUUGAAGAUGAAGCUUUUAAGUGCCAAUGAGUCAACAAGGCCAAUUUUAGUUACUGCUCCCCCAGGAUGUGGCAAGACCACACUAGCCAAUAUGAUUUGCAAGGAUGAUGAAAUCAAAGGUAAAUUCAACAACAACAUCCUGUUUGUAACUGUUUCAAAAAGUCCCGACUUGAUUCUUAUUGUUCAAGAACUUUAUCAACACAAAGGUUGUUCUGUGCCUACUAUCAAAAACAGCGAUGAUGCAAAAAUCAAGCUGGAACAAUUUUUUAACAAAAUUGGUAAAACACCUGUAUUGUUGGUACUUGAUGAUGUUUGGUCCGGAUCAGAGUCUCUCGUUCAGAAAUUUGUUUUCACAAUACCGGGGUUAGAGUACAAGAUUUUGGUGACAUCCCGUUCUCAGCUCCCAAGAUUUGGACCUGCAUAUGUAUUGGAACCAUUGAGUGAUGAACAUGCAAUGACUAUUUUCAAGCAUUAUGCUUCAAUGGGAGAUGGAAUUGUAGACAUUCCAGAUAUUCUUGUGGAGAAGGUAGUGGAACAAUGUAAGAAAUUUCCCCUUGCCCUUGAACUGAUUGGUUCAUCACUUAGGGGACAGGACCAAAGAAUCUGGGACAGAGAACUGAAAAAUUGGUCUACAGAUUCAUCUAUUCUUAGCUAUGAGAGUGAACUUCUUUCUCGUUUACAAACCAGCUUAGAUGUCUUGGAUGAAAAGCAAGCUAUUCUCAAGAAAUGUUUCAUGGAUCUUGGUUCGUUUCCAGAAGACCAAAGAAUUCCAGCAACCGCCCUCAUUGAUAUAAUGAAAGAGUUGUAUGGAGUAGAAGAAGAUCGUGCCAUUACUAACCUUUACGAUCUUAGCACCCGAAAUCUGGCAAAUCUUGUGAUCACAAGAAAAGAUGAGAAUGAAGUGGAUGACUACUACAGUGAACACUUUAUUACUCAGCAUGAUAUGCUGAGAGAGCUUGCUAUCCACCAGAGCAGACAGGUUCCAGUAGAACAGAGGGAAAGAUUGAUUGUAGAAAUAACUGGAAAUGAUCUUCCCAUGUGGUGGAAUGAACAAAAGGAGCAGCCUUUCAAAGCCUCCUUAGUAGCUAUCUCAACCGACGAAUCAUUCUCAUCAGAAUUGUUUGACAUCCCACUACCUGAAGCUAAGGUUCUAGUUCUGAACUUUCGAAAGAAGAAUUACAUCUUACCCAAGUUUGUGAAGAACAUGAGCACUCUAAAGGUUCUACUAGUCACAAACUACGCUUUCUUCCCAGCUGAAUUAAGUGACUUUCAGCUGCUUAAUUCUUUGACCAAUCUGUCAAGAAUAAGACUAGAGCGCAUUUCAAUUCCUUCACUGAAAGAAACUCACAUUGUACUGAAGAAACUGAAGAAGUUAUCUUUGUUUAUGUGUAAAAUUGGUGAUGCUUUCAGUUCAGUCAAGAUAUCAGAAGUAUUUCCAAAUCUUGAAGAAAUAAACAUUGACUAUUGCGAUGAUUUGAAGGAACUGCCUGCUGGACUAUGUGAUCUGAUCAAGCUAAAGAAGCUGAGCAUAACACAUUGUCAUAAUCUAUCUACACUGCCUGAAGAAAUUGGGAAGUUGAUUAAUCUACAAGUGUUGAGGCUUAGAUCAAGUAUCGAUUUGGAAAAAUUACCAGACUCCAUCUGCAAGCUCUAUAAGCUUACCUUUCUUGACAUAUCCAACUGUUACAGCCUUCAGAACUUGCCUGAAAACAUCGGUCAGUUGUGCCAUUUGACAAAGCUCAAUAUGAACAACUGCUCCAGAUUAGCGGAGUUGCCUUCAUCAGUUCUGGACUUGGAACAAUUGAAGAAUGUGGUGUGUGAUGAGGAGCUAAAAGAGCUAUGGGAAUUUCAUCUGCAUCCCGAAUCAAACACAAAGAUAAAGGUUGCCAAGGAUCGUGUCAACUUAAAUUGGCUUGAGAACCAUCAAUUUGAUACUUAGGCUUCGCAUUUGUGACGAAGUUUGGUUUGUAUUGUAGCAAGUCCAUCCAAUGCAAUGUCUCCACUAUCAGUUCAUGUUCACUAUAUAUAUAUUGGUUUGUAAGUGACAUUGAUAUCAUUCUAUGUCUACUGUCGAAGUUGUUGAUUGACAGGAUAGUGAUGCAAUUUGGUCUUUUAUUUUCGCAAGUGUUAAGCAUUUUUCCUACUUGGUAAUAAUCUGAGCAUAUUUACUUUAUUACUCAA